CUUCUCCCGCCCCUUCUUAUGUCGCUGCUGCCUCAGAGCGCGCCAGGAGCCAGGAGACUACAGGGGACCGGAGACGUUGGGCACCAUUGAAUAAAAGUUCAGCAAGUCUUCAAUAAAAAUGGCUACCAAUAAAUCAACAUUGCAUAAAAUGGGAAAGAAACAGAAUGGCAAAGGUAAAAAAGUUGAAGAAGCAGAACCUGAAGAAUUUGUUGUGGAAAAAGUCUUGGACCGGCGUGUAGUUAACGGCAAAGUGGAAUACUUCUUAAAAUGGAAGGGAUUUACUGAUGCUGAUAACACAUGGGAGCCUGAAGAAAAUUUGGAUUGUCCAGAGUUAAUAGAAGCUUUUCUGAAUUCUCAGAAAGCUGGUAAAGAAAAAACAGAAGGUACCAAAAGGAAAUCCCUUUCAGAUAGUGAAUCUGAGGACAGCAAAUCAAAGAAAAAGAGGGAUUCUGUUGAUAAACCCAGGGGAUUUGCACGAGGUCUUGAUCCUGAGCGAAUAAUUGGAGCCACAGAUAGCAGUGGAGAACUUAUGUUCCUUAUGAAAUGGAAAGACUCAGAUGAAGCUGACCUGGUAUUAGCUAAGGAAGCUAAUGUGAAAUGUCCUCAGAUUGUAAUUGCUUUUUAUGAAGAACGAUUAACUUGGCAUUCUUGCCCAGAGGAUGAAGCACAAUAAUUGUUUGGAUUUUAUUUUUUCCUUCCCCCUUUUUCUUAAUAUAUGUAUGAUAUUUGACUUAAUACAUGUGGAAAACUUAAAUCCUAUUGAGAUAAGUUUGGUUACUUUUAAUAUGUUUUGCAUAAGGAAGAAAGCAAAAGUGCUAUUCACUUUGUCUAUUACAAGAAAACAUUUGAUACUGCCUUCUGCAUAUUACAUCAAAUGUUUUAUAAAAUUUGGUAGUUAAUAGUGAUCCUUAAUGGCAACUUAUUCAGAUUUACAAGUGUUUUGUAAGCUCUCUAUACAAAAAAAUGUGCAUGCAUUUUUCCCGUCAUAUAGUCUGUAAAACCAUUUUAUUUAGUAUUUGUGGCAAAUUGGUUCAAAGGGGACCAAGUGAAAAUUUUGUUUUUAGUUUGAAAGUGCAUAUUGUAUUUUAUUGUAUAUACUGCUGAACAGCUAUCAAUAAAAUAGUUUCAUAUUCUUGUGCUUUCUUUACCAAACUACAGGAAGUUAAGAGGUUUUGAAAGCCAUUUUGGUUUGGAAAAUAUCCAAUAAAGGAUAGAGACAGUUUUGCUUUUUUGCAAAACAAAAAAACACCUUGUUUUUAUAGGCAGUUAACAUGAAAUUUAUAGUUUUCUCCCAUAGAUGUUUAUAAGUUGUUUACCAGAAUUAGCAAAAUAAUAAAAUGAACAUAAAAAACUUAUGUGGUGCAUUGACUAAUUAAUUUUUUUAAGACUAGUAUGCAGACUUGGUUAUCACAUUUAUAGUACCAGAAUAUGUGGUUGAGUAAUCAAAUCUUAAUCCCUUAAACUGUAUAUCAAAUGCUUUACAACAGGGGUGUCAAAACUUGCAGGCUGGAUGCGUCACACGGUGGUCAUGCCAAUCCCCGGUUUAGCAAAGGAGGGGGGAAGUUGCCACUUCAUGUGAUGACGUGUCAUCGUGUUUUGACACCUGCUUUACAAGUUAAUAAUUUAUUGAUACCUUAAUCUUGACUUCUUUAGAAGCCAUUAGCCCUAAUCCCAAUAUACAUUCCAAAUAAAAUUACUGAUUGCCUGAUAAAUUUAUGUAUUUUUAAAUACAACUGCAUGUAAAUAGCAUUCAUUUGAUUAUAUUCUGUUUGGGUGAGCAGUAAGGAAUCUUGUCAUGUAAGAUGUAAUUGUCAGAUUAUUUGGUUUCUAAUAUAGUUCAGUGAUUCCAUGCACAUGCUGGAUUAAUAGAAUGGAUUAUUGAAGUUCACCAUAAUAAGUUUUGUUUUAAAAUCAACGGAAUAAUUACAAUUCAUCUCAUUUCUGAGAAUUACUGUAAAAUAUGAUACCACACUGAAAAAGACGGGAGCUCUAAACAUGAAAUCAGUUGAUUGCCUUUCAAUAAACCUAUUUCCUGAUACCUGUUGAGGUUCCCUUCAAUUUUUUUCGUGUUUUGCUGAUUUCUAUUUUGUUCAGUAUUUGUGUUUCUGCUUAUGUUGUUGUCAAAAAAUUAUUAAAUUUUUAUUUAUAUAGUA